ACUAACACAGUAGAUCUAGCUACUGAAAGCUUUAACUUCCUGCACAUGACAAAUACCUGGUAUAUAGAAUAGUUAUGGAUAGAGCUGCUUUCACAGUAUAAAUCUAGAUAGAUAGUGUAUACAGCAGGGAAAAAAGCAAACCAGAAUGGGAGUUUCAAAUCAGCUCCUACUGACAUUAUUGAUCACCGAUCACCUUGCUCAUUUCCACUUCUGCUGCCCAGGCUCAAUUCAGAGGAUGCUUCACUGAUCCUGACUGUACUGCUGCUUUGGCACCUUCUUCCAAUGCUGAGGACUGUUGUGUCAAUAAUAAUGAAGGACUGUAUUACGAUAAUGGUGGUCAAUGCUAGUGCAUAGUGUACGGCUUUGGCUCGGACUCCUUCACUAGACCAGAGGCCUAAUUUCCUUACAAUGUUCCAUUUGCAAACUUCAAGGGUAUAUAUAGGUCAGAGUGUUGUUUCUCUACCUCUCAACCCUGGCGGAACUACCUCUAUCACCUUCCAAGCAGACAGAGUGGCAUUGGAACCAGAUGAGACUUUUGUGUUGGAGUUGGCACUGCUUAAUGUGGCCAAUGUUAACUGAGCACUUUUUGAUUCAUCUUAAUUUGCCAAAUGUUUUUUUUCGGAGUAGGCAGGAGUUCAUUAUACAGGAAAGCACUGCCUUCGUUUUUCGGCUGAGAGAGAGUGAUGAAGUUGUGGAUGAGGAUGAUGGCUUCAUCCCCAUUGAGGUGACAGUGGCCAAUGAGGUAGAACUGGCCUCCGAUAUCUCACUAGUUCUGACACCAAUGAUCGCUCCUGAAGAUUUUACACCUCUAUCAACUACCAGACCAAUUGCAAAAGCUAACACUAUUCCAGGCAAGAUAGAUUUCUUUGCUACACCCAUCACACUGAAUUUUAUGGCUGGUGGGGAGAUUCUUUUGGCUGGAGAUGCAUUGAUAUUUGAUGACCUGAUUGACGAAGCCUUAGAGUAUUUUGUUUUUCUUUUAACUUUUCAAGAUCCCGAUAAUGUGCCACCAUUAGCUUUAAUUGAAAGCAAUGGUGGCGAUACAAUUCGCAUCGACAUUAUAGACAACGAUGAUAUCUUUAUUGGGUUUGCUCUACCAAGUACAACGUAUCCAGAGGUAGAAAGUGAUCACCAAAUUCAAAUUAUCAAAGGAGCAGGAAAUGUCACUGAAAAAACCAUCAGCUUUGUGGUUCAAACUGCUCCAGAGGGACUUGGAACUGCAACUCCCUCAACUAACGGAGAGGACAACGAUUUCUUUAUUCCAUCAUCAAGUUUCCUAUCAAUAGGACCAGAGGAAACUGAAACAUUCGUAACAGGUUUGACUAUAUUUGCGGACAAUCUGCCUGAGGUAACAGAAGUUGCUCAACUCAGACUAAGUCUGCCCACUGAUGGAAUGUUCCCAGAGUUUGAGACCCUUCCCCAAUACCCUGAAUUCUUCAUCAUUAUUGAAGAUGAUGACCCAUUUCGCAUUGGCUUCGAGAACACCUCGUACAUAGUUAACAAAGGGAUUGGAUUUCUGGAAGUGUGUGUGAGAUUGUUUGAACCUCCAGAGGAAGAUUCAAUAGUAGAAUUAACCAUCGAUAUUGGGGUUGAAACUGUACAAGGCUCAGCAGAUGGAAGUGACUAUACGGAAAGGACUGGACCCCGUGAUGCCCAUUUUGUAAGCUUUAGCGAUAUGUUUCGUCGGAGUUGCAUCAUGGUUCAGAUAGAAAAUGAUACUCGUUACGAAUUUGAAGAGCAGUUUUCUCUUCGAUUUAUUGAGGUUGAAGGCACUACUUUACCUAGUACCCUUGUACUCGAUCCAUCUGUCAGUAACAACAAUUUUGGACAAUAAAGGUAAAAUGAUGAAUGUACUGCAUGUAUGAACAGUAUAUGCUAUUGGAAUGUUUGCUAACCAAGUACCAAGAUGUAUCCGUAAGUCAAGCGGUUAAGUAAUGCUACCCAGCCUGUUAUCCCUUUACCAGUCAAAUUGUUGUAAAUUUUACAACAAUCUGGGAAGGAGCGUGUUAUCAACUUGUGAAUGUUGCAUGAUAUUGGAUUCUGUGGCAGAUUGGAUAGUAUCAUGAAGCGAUUAUCCUUUGAAGUUCUGCUGAGCUGUUCAAUUAGGACACUUAAAAAAAAAGGUUUAAAACAAGCUAUACAGCAUGUAGAACUGAGUAGUAUCCAUUGGCAGACCCUCUGGACUAUCUUGGUAGCCAUAGAAUAUUUUCGAAGAGGAAGCAGCAAGCCAUUUGUGUACACAGGCACUUCACAAGUGGACACAAGCUCUACAAUAGUCUACAUGCUUGCUAAGCAGCUUAGUUGACCAGAGUGCAGCUUUUAGAGGCCACACAUACUUCCAUCGAGGCAGCAGCAAGGCAUAAAAUCGAUGGUUAGUUUGUGCACAGCAUUGACCCACGCCCAUCUCUACAAGCCAUAGCCACUUCAUUGGGGGCGGCGAUAACAUCAAGCUAAUUUGGUGGGUUGGGCUCAGAUGCAAACUAAAGUGAUGCAAACUAAAGUGAUGGAACUGUUCCAGGUUCCAGAUUGUGUGCGGCUGACCUGUAAAGGCAGUGGCGUAUCCAGCUAGGGGCUCAGGGUGCUCAAGCACCCCCCUAAGCUUAACAUUAAUUACUGCAACUUACUGGAUAGCUGGGAGCUGAGCCUGAGCUUGCACUACAGAGCUAGCUAGAGCUCGCAGAAGAGUUUUAUACUGUUGGAGACCACACCCUUCAGAUAUCCAAGUUUCCUGAGCAUGCGUACUGUGACUUAUUAAUACCACAAAAAUUAAUAGUACAAGCCAAGAGUCUGCAUCAGGAGGUUGUUCCCUGUCAGUGUCUAUAUAAUUCAGAAAGCACCAGCAGAGGACUAGAAACUAGACUACGAGGUAGAGGACAAAGAAUCUUAAACAAUGGUUUUGAUACAGAUUUUCUUGGUGAUAUACAUGUAGUAUAAUUAUUGUGCACUCUGCCUGUCACUAGCUGCUCAGCAGAGAGGCCGUCUUUCAGUGGUCUGAAGAGAAUAAAGACAGCAGUACAAUCACACACAGAACGAUCGACUAACUGGACUAACUUCUACACAUACACCAUAACAUACCUGUAGAUAGUGAUAAUAGCUAUAGAGAUGAGUCAAUUGUAGCAUAUAAUACUCUAUCUAUGGUUGUAGGCAAUGCAUGGUAGAGUUGAUAUCAUUGUGACUGUUCUUUAUCAAGGUGUCGCAGUAGAGGUGGGUGUGGCUUCCGGUGCGUGGGCUGACCUCAAAAAUUUCGCGCUGUCGCGCGACCUGAGCACUCUCCUACUGAUAUUCCUAGAAACGCCACUGAAAGGGGUAUAUAAUUAUAUGGUUGAGUGUCUUCUUCAUUCUCAAUGGUAGCAUUUCCUAUUCUCCUGACAUGGAUGCCACUUACAGCUGUGACACUGGAUACUUCUUGGAUGUGUCUCAGGGUAGCAGAGUGAGAACUUGCACGUAUAAUUAUGAUCCAAUAGACUCAAUGGGAGUGUGGAGUGGACAGGAGCCUCGCUGUGUUAGUACGUCAUUGAAAUAAUUAUACUAAAAAGAUAACUACGAGCGUUCAUUGAUGUUGUAUGCAAGUAUACAGUGUGAAGACCUGUCACCUCUUGGGAAUGGAUCCAUCUUGUAUCACAUUGGCACCUCUUUCCUGGGAACCAUAGCAAUGUAUACGUGUGAGGAUGGGUUCUUCCUAGAUGGGGAUAAUGAGAGGAACUGUACCACUGGAGAGGCAGGAAGUAGAAUGGUGUGGGUGUGGACUGGCCAAGAACUACAAUGUGUCCCUUUGUGUAAUGAUCUUCCACCACUCGCUAAUGGAAUGAUCAUCUACAAUGCGUCUGAAGGACCACAUAGGACAGUUGCUACGUACACUUGUGAUGAAGGGUUCAAGCUUCUAGGAGAUGAGAUAAGGACAUGUGAAGAUGGAGUGUGGGCGGAAGCUAGUCCUCUUCAGUGUGCACAAGAAGCUCCAGGUGCUGUUAUUGGCAUUGUGAUUGGAUCAUUGGGUCUUAUAGUUGCUCUAUUGGUGGUCGUCAUUUUACUGAUUGCUCUGAGAUAUUGGAGGAGGCCUGAUGUUGCUGAUGAGCUUCCUGACCAUGCAUAUCUAUGAUUAUAUAAAUGUAUUUCAAGGGGGAAUUUAGAAACUUCCACUGGAAACCCUAAACCCUCUACAGCAUGGAAUGAUGCUUCAGAGGUGCAGUUUGAACUAACACCCUGUGAGGCUUAUGGGCCUGUGACUGAGUCCCCAUGCACGUUGAUAGCUGAACAAUGUAUAAAUGCACAGGAUAUUAUAGUUGUGAACUGAUGUACUCUUCCAUUAACAUAAUAUUUUUAUUAAAGCUUGUACAGUUUGCCAUGCCCUUAUAAUUAUUAAGUUGUAUUCA